AUGUCCAGCAUUACAACAGGCUUUGUUUUCUGAUUGAUAUGAGCCCUUCUGAAACAUACAUCGUACCCCAAGUGCAACACACUGGGGGCGGCCCCGCAUCGAGAGGAACCAAAAGAUUAAAUCUGCCAGCACCACAGUUACGGUGCAACACCUGCCGGGCAAAUGGAGACUAACACAUCGGACGAACGGCCACAAGCUCAACUUCAUUCCACAUCUCGCACUGACGUUCCCCCAUGGAUGGUCGAGUACAUCCCGCCUCCGGAACCUGAAGUGCUCUUGCCGCCGUUGCUUGCCUGCUUGCCCACUGCUUUCGUCUCAACUCGGCCUCCUCCCGCACUACUUCCUCUUCUUUCUCCUAUACUACGCCAGCGCGUUCAGCUCCUCAGCUCCGUUGCGGCUUCGCCCUCCGAUUCAUGGUUGCGACUAUUGUCUUGGAGUGAUGAGAAGGCCGAGCGCGUUUCACGCCUGUUAGAUGGUGUCGUUUUUGAACCACACCCGGCUUCCGGCGAGAUCGAAGUCCCGGAGGAUUUAUCGAUAACAUAUAAGCGUCUCGACGAGGAGACGCUACGGUCUAAAUUGAGUCUACCUGAAUAUCAACUCAACGUGUUAUAUGUAUGGUGCUCGAAUGAUGCAGAUAGCGGCGGUCCUGGCUGGCGCAUUGCGGAGUUGGAGCCAUGUGAGGGUCCGGAUGACAACGACACCACCUGGUCAGAGACAGUCAGCGAGGCAAAUAUUCAGGCGAGGGAACGCAUUAUCGACGAUGCUUUGAGAGAUGCCGAGGCCGACAGGUUGCAGGUUGGGCAGAAAGACGGUGACGAGGACGAGGACGAUUACUGGGCACAGUAUGACAACACACCGGGCAGGACACCAUACUCAAAGACACCGGUAUCCCGUAUGCAUCACCCUACAUCAGGAGUAUCGGAAGAUGCAUACUUUUCUCAAUAUGCCGAUGUACAACCUGCGAUGGACAACCAUGACCCGUCCGAAAACACCGCGGAAGCUGGAGAAUCAUCUCUCAACGGCGAUAUCUUUGCAAAGAUCAUGCAACAGGCUCGCGAAUCCCGAGAUGCAGCACCCCGGGAUCCUUCUCUCCCACAAAAUAACGAACACGCAGAUCUCGUAUCAAUGAUGAUAAAUCACCCACGGCCAUCAUCUGCUUCAUCUGGGUCUGCAGUUGCAAAACUCGAACAAGAAGCAGAGAAUCGAUCUACGUCAGAAAUUGCUAUUAAGCAGCACAUUGGUUCUAGUAUAAAAAGUUUAUAUCGAUUAGCGAAGACGACUGGGAUGCCGCGAGCGGAGUUUCAGAAUUUGAUUCGCACUGAGAUUGAUCUGCUCAGUUUAUCCGACGACGACUGACGGGAAUAAGCGUUGUCUAAUAUGAGAGGCAUUCUUGCGGGAUGUUUGGCGUUUGGAUUGCAUGUCUUUAUAUCAUAUGCGUACAUCUAGCGAGAAGUUUGUUGUUCUUGCUUGCAUCUUAGCCUGUUCUUCUGUUCCUUCUGUUCGUUAUACCUGACACGUCACAUUAUUUAGGCAUUAUUUAUUAUUUGUGAAUACCGAUAAAGUCUUUGAGAU